ACAACCCUAUUUCACAGUUCAAACGUGUCUUUGCAAAGACACACUGAAGAUCGGAUCGUAUCAUCAUGGGGGAUAUUUGUUUUGCAUGGCACUUCUGUUUGUUUUUCCUCUUGUUAAACAGUCGUGAAACCUCUGCAAGUGCUGGAAUUCUAGAUAUCGAUGAAUGUACAGAAGGAACUGAUGACUGUCACAUCGAUGCAAUCUGUCAGAAUACACAAAUGUUGUAUAAAUGCACAUGCAAAUUUGGUUAUAAAGGUGAUGGAAAGAAAUGUGAAGACAUUGAUGAAUGUGAUAAUGAAUACAAUGGAGGCUGCGUACAUGAAUGCAUUAACAUUCCUGGAAACUAUCGUUGCACUUGCUAUGACGGAUUCAUGUUGGCACAUGAUGGACACAAUUGUUUGGAUGUGGAUGAGUGUAUAUUUAACAAUGGCGGUUGCCAACAGACCUGUGUAAAUACAGUGGGGAGUUAUGAAUGUCAAUGUAAGGAUGGAUUCUUUUUGAGUGACAAUCAACACACCUGUAUUCAUCGUUCAGAAGAAGGAAUGAGUUGCAUGAACAAAGAACAUGGAUGUGCCCACAUCUGCAGAGAAACACCAAAAGGAGGAAUAGCGUGUGAAUGUAGACCAGGUUUUGAACUAGCCAGGAAUCAGAGGGGAUGUCUAUAUGUGUGUAAUUCUUUUUUAGUAACGUGUAAUCAUGGAAAUGGUGGGUGCCAUCAUACUUGUGAUGAUACGGAUGAUGGGCCUGUAUGUGGCUGCCAUCAAAAGUAUGCCUUGCUGUCUGAUGGGAAAAUCUGCAUUGAAAAGGCUGAGGCUGCAAUUGAGAACUCUGAAUACAAUGCCACGUCAUUAACUGAUGUGGACAAACGGGUGAAACGCCGACUGCUAAUGGAAACAUGUGCAGUUAACAAUGGUGGCUGUGAUCGUACCUGUAAAGAUACUUCUACUGGUGUUCGGUGCAGCUGUCCUGUAGGAUUCACACUGCAACCGGAUGGGAAGACUUGUAAAGAUAUUGAUGAAUGCUUAAAUAAUAAUGGUGAUUGUGAUCACUUCUGCAAGAAUACUAUUGGCAGUUUUGGCUGCAGCUGCAAGAAAGGUUACAAACUCUUAACAGAUGAAAGAACCUGCCAAGAUAUUGAUGAAUGCUUCUUUGAAAGAGCAUGUGAUCACAUUUGUAUCAACUACCCAGGACAUUUUGAAUGUGUUUGUAAAAAGGGAUAUACUCUGUAUGGACUGAUUCAUUGUGGAGAUGUUGACGAGUGUAGCAUAAACAAUGGAGGUUGUGAGCACAGAUGCAUGAACUCAGUCGGAAGUUACAAGUGCCAUUGUCAGCCAGGCUAUAAACUACACUGGAACAAGAAAGACUGUGUUGAAGCAGAGAAGCUCCCACCAACUAAAGUGUCAGCCAAAGCCCUGCUUAACUGCAGUAAAAGAGGUGGAGCUGAUAUGUGCUCUCUGAGCUGCCCAUCAAAUGUGUACUUUGCUGCUGAAUCUGAAGAUUCUUACACAAUUAGAUGUGGUGUAUCUUCUCAAUGUCAGCAUUUAGAUAUUCCACAUUGUACGGGAUUGAAUGCUACAAUCCUGCCAAUAGUAAAGACUACAGCAAGUUUUAAAAUCAAUGCAGGAAGAUGUGAGCUAAGCCGAAUCAAAGAGAAGAUUAACAGCAGUCUAAAGCAGAUCUCUUCAGAAAAGCAUAACUUUCCUCGUGCAAAGAACUGUCAGCUGAACUUUGUAAAUGUGAAAUGCAGUUCCUUCAAGAGAAGUCAUGAGAAUUGGAAACACAAGGCAAUGACAAACGUGGGGUCAAUCAUUUAUGCUGUAUUUGAGGUGGAAAUGAAACCAGAGGAAGUGACAGAAACUUGUGAUUUCGGGUGCACACGAAGGAAGACUGAGAAAAGGCUUCGCAAAACAACUAGAACACUGAGGAAGUCAAUCAACAGAGAACAGUUCUAUCUGCGUGUAGCUGGAACUGACUAUGAAGUGGCUAAGAAAACAGUAAAAGCAGUAGAUUUACAUGAACCAUGUGGAACUGGUCAGGUCCUUCAGAACAACAGAUGUGUUAGUUGUAGUGUUGGCACGUACUAUGAUGGCGAACAGAAGUGUAUUUUAUGUCCUGCUGGCACAUAUCAGGAUGAAGAAGGACAGCUUUCGUGUGAGCCCUGCCCAAACUCUGACAACCAAGAGAACCAAAAGUCACCUGGUGCGCGUAAUGUUUCAGAAUGUGGAGGACAGUGUCUUGAUGGAGAGUUUUCUUCUAAUGGAUUCAGGCCAUGUCAACCAUGUCCCUUUGGAACAUACCAGCCAGAGUUUGGGCGGACAUCAUGCUUUUCCUGUGGUGGAGGGUUAACAACAAAACGUGAAGGAGCAGCGUCAUUUCAGGAUUGUGAAACUAAAGUUCAGUGUUCACCUGGUCAUUUUUACGAUACAAACACACACAGAUGCAUACGAUGUCCAAUUGGGUUGUAUCAACCAGAGUUUGGGCAGAACCAUUGUGUUGCGUGUCCAGGAAAUACUACAACAGAUUUUGAUGGAUCAACUAAUAUUACUCAGUGUAAAAAUAGACAAUGUGGAGGAGAACUUGGGGACUACACUGGAUAUAUCGAGUCUCCAAAUUACCCGGGGGAUUACCCUGCAAAUGUUGAAUGCACCUGGAAUUUAAGUCCACCUCCAAAACGACGCAUUCUUAUUGUUGUCCCAGAAAUAUUUCUACCAAUUGAUGAUGAGUGUGGUGACUACCUAGUCAUGAGAAAAAGCUCAUUGUCUAAUUCAGUGACAACCUAUGAAACCUGUCAAACCUAUGAACGACCCAUAGCAUUCACCUCACGAUCAAGAAAAUUAUGGAUUCAAUUCAAGUCCAAUGAAGGGAACAGUGACAAAGGAUUUCAGGUUCCAUAUGUUACGUAUGAUGAAGAUUACCAAGAAUUGAUUGAGGAUAUAGUUCGAGAUGGUAGAUUAUAUGCAUCAGAAAACCAUCAAGAAAUAUUGAAGGACAAGAAGCUCAUCAAUGCUCUGUUUGAUGUGUUGGCACAUCCACAAAAUUAUUUUAAAUACACAGCACAAGAAUCUCGGGAAAUGUUUCCAAGGUCAUUCAUUCGACUAUUACGUUCAAAAGUUUCCAGAUUUCUACGGCCAUACAAAUAGUUGAAAAUUUGUGAUACCCUUUGAACAUUUUGCAGUUUCAUUAUAAAGACUUAUAAUGUUUCAUUUAAUCUGUUCACCAAUGUUUUGUAUGGAUGCCUCUACAUAAGAACAUAAAACUUGGAUGUUUUGCGUUAUUGAAUGCUGUUACAUACGCAAAGCGUUGAACACUAAAUCAUUCAUGGUGGAAUAGAAACCAAGUGCUCAUUUGCGAAAUACAUACAAUAUUCAAUUUAUUUUAAUAUAUUAAUGUAAUCCUGUUUCAGAGCUAACAAAAAAGAUCCUGUGGGACCACUCAACAAUGGUGCCAGCAGCUUUUACAAAAAUCAAUAGUUAUAUCUUUUAAGCAUUCUUUGCAUUAAGACAGUUUAUUUAAUGGAAAUAACUUGUAAAUAUACAUUGGAAGCUUGUAUUACGUGCCAGUCAACUGCACAGAAGUUGCAUAUACUACCAUCAAAAUGCAUUGUCUGAUCUAGCAAAUCAGUCAUACUAUUACAGCCACAUGUCCUUUGUUAAAUUUAGAUUCCUUAUUCUAGUGAACUAUUGUUAAUUUUAACCUCUGCUGUGAAAACAAUAAAAUGAGAUUAUAGUUAAUCUCAAUUAAUGUUGUACAGCUUUGUAAAAUGAUAUAAAAAAGAAACAGAAAGUACU